UAGAAUAUGCUGAAGAUAAUAUUUUGUCUUCACUUUUGUCUUUCAUCAAGCUUUGCCUAUGUUAAUUUAGCGCUCAAUAAAGAAACAUUUGAGCAAUAUCCACGUCUAAUCCGUUACAACGUUGCUUCAAACAAGGCUGUAGAUGGGAUAAAGCCAGAUCAAAACUACAGUGAUGAACAAUGUUCAUUUUCAAAGGCAGAAAAAACAGCCACCUGGUGGGUGAAUCUAAACAGUGUUUACAACAUCAAUGAUAUCCGGAUAUAUUACGCUAAUGAGUCAGGUUGGGGAAACUGGUAUAAAGGGCUGCGCUUAGGAUUUUCUAUAUACGUCUCAAACACAACCAAUAAGUCAGAUGGUGUAUUAUGCUACAAGGACAACAAUUUUACGUUGGACACCUUUCCAGAAGUCCUUGAUACCCAGUGUCCUGUGUAUGGACAAUACGUCAUUUAUUACAACGAGAGACUACUCGGAGUUACGUACCCUGAGGACUAUAGUAAUGAUGUAUUCAAUUCACUUUGCGAAGUUGAAGUGUAUGGGUGUCCUGUCCUUGGCCACUAUGGAGCUGAUUGCAACGUGUCCUGUUCUGACGCCGAUUGUUGCUAUAGUCAUGUCGAAACGGGCACUUGUCAGGGUUGUUAUUCGGAAAGUGAAGGACUUCAAUGUCGAUUUGAACAAAACACCUGCAUAGAAGACAAGACAGACGGUAUAUUAUGGAAAGCAACUUUUGCAGGAAGAAAUAAAGAAAUUCCGUGCCCUGAAAAUCAAAAUGGAGUGGCGACAAGAUUCUGUGAUGAACAUGGAGAAUGGAAUCUUCCUAACCUUAUUAACUGCACCAACGAAGCUCUGGUGAAUGCAUCAUCACUUUUGGAUGGUAUCAUCGCAAAUAAAACACAGGAUAAAUUCAGAAUCCAGAAGACGGUUAACAAUACUCUACAAUUGAUGAAAAAGCUUACAUCAUCGACCAGUGGAAUCAGUGCUGGGGAUCUGAGCUCCUCUCUUGGCGUUUUGGAGAAGAUUGUCACAGUAACAAACGCUACGGGAUCAGUUAUCGAAAAAGAGGUCUUUUACGCUGUUAUUGAUAACAUUUUGUCGCCUAAUAACUCUAACUCUUGGACUACUAUAAGCGAACAGACAGAAAAUGGCCCCACCUUUCUCCUAAAGAAUAUGGACCGUUUCAGCAAAAUAACACUCCAAAACGACAAUAUUACAGCAACUAAAUUUAACGGAUUUAAUUUUGAGCUGGUUAUCAACCAAACAAAAAUCGAUGAAACGAGAAUACGUUUUCCGGAUGAACAAUCAAACAAGGUUUCUCCAAACCCCGAAGAAAGUCUUACCUUUCUAGAAUUACCAAAACAAGCAUCAAACGCUACAAAAGCGAUCAACUAUGUUGCUGUUCUAUAUAAAACAAUGUCAGACAUUCUGGGAUCUGAUUCUAACAGUAAAGAGUUGAAAGGUAAACAGGCGAAAAAGUCUAAACAAAGAUCCUUUGUCAAUUCCCCAAUACUGUCCCUCACUACCCAGACAGACUUAGGAGUGUUGGACCCACCUCUCAAUCUUAGGUUUGGACACACUAUUAAAAAGGAGUCUACAGAAAUGCGCGCUUUAUGUGUAUCAUGGGAUUUUAAUCUAAACAAAUGGUCAGAGGAAGGAUGCACUGUGAUCCAAACAGAUCGUCAGAGAACUGUUUGUCAUUGCAACCAUCUCACAAACUUUGCUAUUUUAAUGAGACCAUACACUCAGGUAUCCGAAGAAAGUCCAUUCUUAAAAACGAUGUCAUUUGUUGGGAUAGCUCUCUCCAUAGCGUUUACGUUUCUUACUUCUUUGAUUUACAUCUUGACAUGGAGAUAUAUAAGGAGUGACAAAAACAUCAUGAUGCUGAAUAUCUGUGGAUCGUUAAUACUGUCGUAUACAAUAUUUAUAUCGUCAGUGGAACAGACAUCGAAUGAGGUUGCUUGCGUUGCAAUAACGGCCAUUAUCCACUACUUUUUCUUAGUGACAUUCUUCAGUAUGCUUGGGUUAGGUGUUUAUUACUUCAUGAGUAUUACAGUGACUUACUAUGCCCUGUAUGUUGCAAACAACUUCAAGUCGAAAUCAAGGAUUCAUUGGUUUCUGGGUGGAAUCUGGGGUAUACCGGUCAUUAUUACUACAACAAAUCUUGGAGCGUUUUGGGGGAAAGGAUACCACCUGAAGUCAUACUGCUGGUUGUCCAUAGAAAGUGGCUCACUUUAUAUGUUUAUCAUUCCAGUCUGUCUGAUUAGUUUGAUCAACAUUCUUAUAAUUGUUUCACUUUUAAGGGUGUUGUUUGCUUCGAGCAUAGUGGCAAGGUCUUCACUGCAGAGGAAAGCGUCAUCCGGUCUGCGGUCACUUGGAACACUUCUGCCAGUUCUAGGAGUAACUUGGCUGUUCGGAAUCCUGGCAGUUAACGAAAAUGCAGUUGUGUUUCAGUAUCUAUUUGUCAUUGCAAAUUCAUUCCAGGGGUUCCUCAUUUUUGUUUCACACGUUUUGUUGGACAAAAAGGUGAGGCAAGGCAUAGGGAAUAGAUACCCGAGUUUGAGUACAAUAUUCAGUUUCGCUGAGCGAGGGACAAAAGAAACUACUAUAAGUUCACCAAGCCCGUCGACAUCUAAAUCAAAUGAACCAAAGAGUUUGGUUAAAAGAUUUUGGCAAACCAAAGAGAAGAAGUCUGAGUUAUCAAUGUCAGAAAAAACGAUGUCUACAAGUUGUCCACAAAGUGUUUCUCAUGCAAAAAGAAAUGAAACAAAUUCUGAUUAAACUUCUAAUUUGUGAAAGAAAGAGAGAACUGUCGCAGACCCGAGGAAAAGAACAAUUUUAACAUAAGUUAACUGUAAAAUGUUAAAUGUACAAAUUUUGCUUUUACCUUUUACUCGGAUAUUUCUCAUAGAUUUAUGUUGCAUCCAAUAAGGUGGUUUAAAUGUAUCUUUACGAUAUAUUCCUCAGAGUGUAUUACUUAUCUUAGUAUUAAUCGUUCGGUAUGAGAUCUUUCAAAUACUUGUAGCCAUAUAGAAAGCAUAUUAACAAUUAAGUUCCAUUUUCACAAUAUAUCUUUAGUUCGUUGUAAGAUGAGAUGAAAUUUUAAGAACAAGUUAUAUUAUUCUGUC